UCCACUGGGCACUGGAGAGGCUGAGGCGAUUAUUUUCAUUCUGCUUAUAAGUUCACUAUUCGUGCUUUGAUUGAUGACCGUCUGUGAAAGAUCGUGUUCGUGUCGUAUUGUGUUCCGUGCGAGUUUCUUGCAUUUGGUAAUAUAAUUUACCUAUGCCAAUUGCCGAGAUACCUGCCAAUCAAUGAUUAUAACUUAGUAUUCUCUGUAGCAUUGUAUAAAAACCACCCAAUGUAGCUUGAAUUCUGAAAAUAACGUUUGGCGAAAGUGAAAAUUUUACUUUCAUGCUUCUUGCUAGUGUAUGAAUAUUGUGUGAUGAAGUAUGUGUUUCGUAUACGCAUUUUGACGCCUUAAUUUCGAAAGUAUGUUGAGUUUAUGAAUCUGUCUACACUGCUCUCCAUAAGCUCGAAAAUAUUUGUCUGGAGUAGUGUUACGAACGGAAGCAGCAUAGUGGCUAGACAGCAAACACAUUUUUCUCCUCAAAGCUCACCGUCAGUCAUUGCAGCAGCUGAAAGUCCGAAAACAUAGCAUGGUAAAGCAGUAAAGUGCAAAGUAACGCAAAAGAAGAUUGAAAUAGCGAAAUACAAAAAGGAAGGAGAGACAACAAAACAGAAGCAGCAGCAAAAAUUUCACUUUCUAUUUUUUAACUUUUAUUUUUUAUGACACACUUGCGUGAACUAUUUGAAGUUUCGGGGUAUUUGUGCCGGGUUCGGUGAUGGUGCUGGCUUGAGACCAGGUCCCUUUAUGAUAGCUGGUGCAAGACGUUUUUAAGGACUCGUAUAACAAAAUUUCCACUUGUGAAAGUAGUGGAUUUGAGGGGAUACCAUUCAGAAAGAAGUGAAACCCACAGGUUGAAGUGAAUUACGGAACGUUGUGCAAAUCAGUGAAAUCCUUUGGUGCCAAUAUAUGAUGAUGACGAUGCAAACGGAUAACCAGAAUGUAUUAAGAAUCCGAGUGACGAAUUGUGUAAAAUAGUGGCGACGUGGUGAGGAGACAUAUCCGUGGAUCGCAAUUACAGUACUGGACCAGUAAAAGUCGAUCCAAAUGGCGGAUAAGGAGGAAAAACGUGUAGGCUGUGCACACUACAAGCGCCGAGCUAAAUUCGUGACGCCUUGCUGCAAUAAAUUUUACAUGUGCCGGUACUGUCACGACGAGAAUGAAAAUCAUUUCUUCAACCGUAAGACGGUGACGGAGCUUAUUUGCACAGAAUGCAAUACGCGACAGCGGGUCCAGGCGGAGUGUGAGCAGUGCGGCGUCAGAUUUGGACGUUACACCUGUCUGGUGUGCAAUCUAUUCGACGAUGAAGAUCGUAACCAGUAUCACUGUGAUGGCUGCGGAAUCUGUCGAGUUGGUGGACGAGGGCGUUUCUUCCACUGCGAAGUAUGCAACAUGUGUCUACCGGUGCAAUUGAAGGUAGAAGGCCACAGAUGUGUAGAGAAUGUUUCGCGAUCCAACUGCCCCGUUUGCCUGGAUGAUAUUCACACUUCGCGUAUUCCCUGCCAUAUUCCUGACUGUGGUCAUCUGUUACAUCGAACGUGUUUUGAAGAAUUGCUUUCAUCGGGUCAUUAUGCUUGCCCAACAUGCCAGACUUCCAUGAUGGACAUGAAUCAGUUAUGGGAGUAUCUUGAUUCGGAAGUAGCCGCAACACCGAUGCCAAAGGAAUAUGAGAACUAUUUCGUGGAUAUUCUUUGCAAAGAUUGUCAUCAGGAAUCAACCGUAAAAUUCCAUGUUGUUGGACUGAAAUGCACCAAAUGUGGUGCUUACAAUACUUGCCGAACCAAGACUAAAACCAUCGAAUCACCUACCAAAUGCACAAACAGUAAUAAAGAUGCAUCGCGGUCAAUUAACGGAGAAAGCAGUAGCAGUUCUGCGACAAGUUCAUCUUCCUCUACUACUGCCACGACAAAUUUAACAGUGACAGAUGUGGCAACAAAUUCGAACAGUACCGAUACACCGGUUGCUUCCACUUCCACCGCACUGGGAACGACACCCAGUGCGACCGUUUCCAGUAUAGCAGCGACGACACCGGAAAAUUCCAGCGCAACCGCAGGCAACUGCACGGAGCAUUCCUCGUACAGUAGCACUAGCAAUAGCAAUCACGAAGCCUAGAGCAGUUGUCGAUCAGUCGUUCACAUAUUGCGGUUUUUAGCGUAACCUUUUUUCCACGUUGGCUCACUAUCAGCUUCAGGUUCACUAGAUGGAAUCUCGUAAACAAGACCUCAUGUACCAUACAUUGGUUGUGUUCAUUCCACUUCCAGUUAGAUUUUUGUUUGUUAUUACUCUGAAAUAAGACUAACGCCGAAAAAGCGAUGCAAGACAUACAAUUGACUCUGGUCUCAAUUGCCACUGCAACGGGGCUUCAGCUAUCCGCUUUUAGAGUUUAUAUCAUUUUCAGAAGUCUUAUGUUUAGAGUAAAUCAUCGUGUGUCUUCUCAAUUUUUGUACAUAUUUAUUUAGUACAUUUUACUAAUGGUUACGAUCAUUUUAUGUUGCCUAGAUACGUUUUUUAUCAUUAUCAAAUGUAUUUUGUACAAUUAUUGUAAUACAGGUUUGUUUUAUUUUGAAAAAAAAAUCAGCAUUCUUUCCUGUGCACUAGAGAUGGGCAAUUCGUUCGCGAACGGUUCAAAAGAACUAGUUCUUUUGAAAGAAUGAACGAGGUAUAGUUCUUUUUUCGAGAACGGUAGUUCCUCAGUUCAAAGUCGAGGGAUCUUUUUUUUUGUUUUUAGAGCUCGCUGGUUGUUUCAAGAACGGUACUAAUAAGAAAGUUUUGUCACGAAACCUUAGUUCUACUUCGAGGGACCUUUUUUUCCUCGCCUAAGCUUACAAAAGUAAGUUCUCGUUAAGUCAUUGAACAAACAAACCAACUAUGAAUAGAACGAAAGAACGGCUCUGGAGAACUAGUUCUUUCAACAGAACUCUGCAUCACUGAACGGUUCUUUGAAAUGAACUGUUUUGCCCAUCUCUGUGUGCACACAAAAUUCCAUACUACCGUACCUUUCUUUGAAACAAAAUCUAGCCCAUAGAAAAUAUCUGUUGGAAAACGUACUAUAAGCAAAUUACCGUUCUAGAAAACUUGUUCCCAACGUUAAUAUUUCAAGUCCUAAGUCAGGAGAGAUGAAAGUAUCUCAUUAUGUGUUCGCUGAUGUUAGUUUUCAUUUUUUUGAUAACUUAGUUUACGAUUAUGUGAUAACAUACUAUUUACACAUGUAGGUAGUAAUAGAUUAAACCCUCCGGAGUUUUGAGUAGAUAGUGUGUAAUGGACAUCCAGGAAGGUAAACCGUCAAACAUCAAUUAUGUUGGCGUUUGUGUGUGUAUGUGUUGCGAAAAAUAACUCAGUAUGUAAAGACAUCAAAGUAAAAACAGACGAUUAUCCCAUUCGGAACAACAGUUGAACUCAAUAUACACUCGUUUUAUGCUCUACGUAACUCUAGGAUAAGAGUACAACGUCACUUUUGCGUAGCUAGGUAAAAAUAGUACAUUAUUAGUAACAGCUUAGUUUUGGGAUAAUUAGAAAUCAAUCAUCGGUAACCAUGCUAAUUUCUGCUAAUUCCUCAGAGCUAAGCGAUCGUGUAGAUUCUUACUGGAAUCAUCAGUCUAGCCGUUAGAGCGUAAUUGAAUAAACAGUAGCAAAUCUCUGUUUGAAUUCAUAUAAAUAGGAAGAAAAAAUGCGUUCAGUAGUUUGUUAUGCUCGAAUAAAGGUGUUAACUAACAA